UUCGCCACUUUGGCUCCACGCUUUGCGUUCGCCGAAGCUGUCUUCGCUCUCCCCCCCUCCUCCCGGCCAGCCAUGCAGCACCGCCGUGUGAGCGCCCUCUCCGCGCUGCUCCUGCUGGCCCUUGGCGCGCUGACCCUGUCCCGCGCCUUCGUGCCCGCGCCGCUGCAGGCCCCCGCCCGCGGGGGGCCGUCGCCCCACGCCGCGGCGGCCGCAGGGGCCGCGGCCGGGCUGCUGUCCGCGGCGCCAGCGGAGGCGCGGGUAGAGGGAGCCCGUGCACGCCAACAGUUCUGGGCCCCUCAGCACGGGCUGGCGGAGGCCGGGUGGUGGCGCACGCCUCCCCGCUCCACCGAGGCGAACGGAUCCCAGCUCUUCGGCGCGCGCUACACGGGCCUCCUCUUCGAGGAGAUCAUCCCGUACGCGCUCGUGUCUUCCUUCACGAUCCUCUGGGGCAUCGUGCUGGGCUUCGUGCUGCUGAGGAGGGGGGCGGGCAUCGGAGGGGCCUCGAUGCGCGCACCUCGCCGUCUGGCCGGCCAGGGGGCCGGGGAGCUCGGCGACGACGUGCUCCGGUGCUCGGGCGCACGGGCGCCCCGCCCUGAGAUCGGCAGCGGACGCUUCGCCGGGAAGGCGCGCGUGAGCGCGCGGAGCGCCGGGGCCACCUCGGCGCGCGCCGUGCGGGACGCGGUCGUGUCUCAGCUGGCGGAGGUCGCCGAGGGGCCGCAGGCCCACGAGCCCUCGCGCUGA